AACGGGCGAGCGGAAGUCCGCCGGUCGUGUCGUGGUUGGUGGUGGCGGAGCUGGAGGCAGGUUCGAGGGAGUCGCGUCGCGUCGUGUGGUUCCGCUCUGACGGUUGAGGACAUUAUUCCACAAACAUUCUUCAAACUCGGCCCAAACUGUGACCCAGCAAGUCGUGCACCAAUGCGGGGCGAGGAGUCGUCGGACUCGGAGUCGGGCAGGAUGGAGGAGAGCUCCGUGCGGAGGAGUCUGGAGACGCUGUGUCAGGAGCUGAACAUGGACGAGCAGACCGCCGCCGCCGCCAUGGACAACUUCACUGCCAUAUGGAACACAUACACCCUGGAGGGAGACGUGGUCCACUGGCUGGCCUGCUCGCUGUAUGCCGCCUGCAGGAAGGGGUCUGUUCCCACGGUGGGUAAAGGGCUGAUGGAGGGAAACUGUGUCUCCCUCACCAGGAUCCUUCGCUCGUCCAAACUCAGUCUCAUCCAGUUCUUCUCCAAGAUGAGGAAGUGGUCCGACAUGUCCAACCUGUCGCAGCACUUCCGGCUGCGCAUGGAGCAGCUGGAGCGCAACUUCGAGGUCUCCACGGUGAUCUUCCGCAAGUUCGAGCCCAUCUUCAUGGACAUGUUUCAGGACCCGCAGGGCGCCGAGCCCCCACGCCAGCCGCGCAGCAGGAAACACAGGCGGCUGCCGUGCCACAUCGGCGAUGUGUUCAAGUUCUGCUGGACGUUGUUCGUCUACACCAAAGGUAACUUCCGUAUGAUCGGUGAUGACCUGGUGAACUCGUACCACCUUCUGCUCUGCUGUCUGGACCUGGUGUUUGGAAAUGCUCUGCUCUGCUCAAACAGGAAGGAGCUGAUCAACCCCACAUUCAGAGGUCUGCCUGCUCUGUACCGCGCCGACGGCCACGUGUCUGCGGACGAGCCUCCUCCGUGCGUGUUGGAGCGUCUGUGUGAGCUGCACGACGGACUGGUGGUGGAGGCGAAGGGCAUCAAACAGCACUACUUCAAACCCUACAUCCAGAAACUGUUCCAGAAACAGAUCCUCAGAGGCAGCGAAGAACUUCUCACAGAAAUGUUGGAUCCUCAGAACUUCAUCGAUAACAACAAAGCCAUAAACCGGGAGUACGAGGAGUAUGUGUUGACGGUCGGCGAUUUUGACGAACGGGUGUUUCUGGGAGCCGACGCCGACGAGGAGAUUGGAACCCCGAGGAAGACGGUUCCGGAACCGUCCGCCGGCCUCGCGACCACUCGGCACCAGCUGCAGCAGCACGUCGAAAAGUCCGGCUCCCUCGCCCCCUCCACCCCUCUGACCGGACGCGUCUACCUGAAGGAGAAGGACCUGCUGGUCACGCCCGUCUCCUCGGCGACGCAGACCGUCAGCCGGCUGCAAAGCAUGGUGGCCGGGUCGAGGGCGGCGCCCAGCGACCACCUGACGCAAAUAUUCAAGUCGUGCUCCAGAGAUCCCACAGAGUCGAUACUGGCCCGAGUGAAGACGCUGGGACAAACCUUCAAACACCAUUACACCAACGACUCCGAGGACACGCCCGGAUCUCACAUAGACUUUGCGGAGAACCGCCUGAAGCUCGCCGAGAUCCUGUACUACAAAAUCCUGGAGAACGUCAUGGCUCAGGAGACCAAGCGGCUGCAGGGCAAAGACAUGAGUGUGUUGUUGGAGCAGGACAUCUUCCACUGCUCCCUGAUGGCCUGUUGUCUGGAGGUGGUGUUGUUCGCCUACAGCUCCCAGAGAACCUUCCCCUGGAUCAUCAGCGUCGUCAAACUGCCUCCAUUCUACUUCUUCAAGGUGAUCGAGGUGUUCAUCCGCUCGGAGGAAGGUUUGUCCAGAGACAUGGUAAAGCACCUGAACUCCAUCGAGGAGCAGGUUCUGGAGAGCAGAGCGUGGACCAGGGACUCGGCCCUGUGGAGCGCCCUGAAGGCUGCUGGGAGCAAAGUGCCCACGGUGGAAGAGGUGAAUUUUUCCUCCAGCCUCGACACAGGCUCAGUUCCCGGUUCCGGUUCUGCUCCUGGCUCCGCCAGCGGAGCUCAGUCCCACCUGCCGCUGGUCGCCCUCUCUCCCAUCAUCCACCCGCGCAUCCGGGAGUUCAGAUCAGGUCUGGGUAGCGCCCGCAAAGACGUGCCUCCCUCUCCACUGUCGGUGCACGACCGGUACAGCUCUCCGGCCGCCGGCAGCGCCAAGCGCCGUCUGUUCGGCGACGACCCUCCGCUCGCGACGUCGACGCUGAUCCCCAGCGUGAGUCAGCUGUCGUCUCCGGCCAAGAGGUUGACCUUUGGCUCAACGGGCACCCUGAAGAUCGGAGGCCAGACCACGAUCCUCAGCAUCCCGCUGCAGGGUCUGAAUAACGAGCGCACCAUCACGCUGAUCCCGGUUCAGCCGUGCGACUCCUCCGGCGCGGUCACCGCUCAGUUCCUGCUCACCGCCUCCCCGAGCCGAGUCGCCGCCCCCGCCCAAGCUCCCGCCCCCGCGCCCUCUGACCCCCAGGCGGUGCACGGGCGGCCGCGACGCACCGGCUCGCUCGCUCUGUUCUUCAGGAAGGCGUAUCACCUCGCCAGCGUGCGUCUGAGGGAUCUGUGCGUGAAGCUGGACGUGUCGUCCGACCUGCGCGGGAAAAUCUGGACGUGUUUCGAACACGCCCUGGUCCACUGCACCGACCUGAUGAAGGACCGGCACCUGGACCAGCUGCUGCUCUGCAGCAUCUACAUCAUAUCCAAAAUCACCAAGGAGACGCACACGUUCCAGGACAUCAUGAAGUGUUACCGCAGCCAACCACAGGCCAGCAGCCACGUGUACCGCAGUGUGCUGCUGCGUCACGGAGACGCCAGAGAGCCGGUGGCCGACGAGAACAUGGAGGUGGAUCCCGUCUCCGGGGGCGAAUCUGCCGAGAAAACCAAUCAGGUCUCCGGGGAAGCGGACUCCAACCAACCAGGCGACGAGGAGCGUGGUGACCUCAUCCAGUUUUACAACGCCGUCUUCGUCCUGAAGAUGAAGAGCUUCGCUCUGCGUUACGCCACCCAUGAUAACCGGGCGGACGCUCCUCCUCUCUCCCCGUUCCCGACGGUCCGGGCUCAGCCUCUGUCUCCACGCCGAGUCUCUCAGAGACACUCGCUGUACGUGUCGCCGCACAAGAACUCGGCGGGAUGCCUCACGCCCAACUCCUACACCUACAGGAUCAACAGCAGCCCGUCCAAGGAGUUGUCCGACAUCAACCGGAUGAUCCGUCUGGGCUGCGUGAGCAGGAAGCGGGCCUUCACCAUGGAGGGCGACGUGAUGAUGUCAUCGGCGGCGGUGGCGUGCGACUCCCCCAGCAAGAAGGCGUGUCCGGAGAACAGCAGCAGCAGCAGCCCAGACGUGCUGCUGAAGCGGCUGCAGGACGUCGUGUCCGAGCGCCAGAGUCGCUGAAGCAUGUUCAGCUUUGACCUCCGACCUCGGGGUCACAACAGAGUCUGUGCAGUGAAGCGUUCCCAAUCGUUCAAAACAGAUUAUAAUUUCUACUUUUAGUGUCGUCACAACCCACAAACAUUUGACUCUGAUACCAGUAAUAAUAAUAAUAAUAAUAUCCAAAAUAUGAUAUUUGAGCUCCAUCAGGACAAAUUGACAUUCGAGCGAAGAACAGGAACUGAGACCUGAUCAUGUCGUCGACGGUGAAACUAAAGAUGAACUCUUUCUCUCUGGUCCGUCACAACCCAACGUCAUUUCAACACAACUACAUCUCCUGUAGGGCCACAUUGAGGAAAAAGGAAAAAGUGACACUUCGAGAAUAGUUGUGAUUUUAUGAGAAUAAAUACGUGAUUUUACUAGAAUUUUUUUUAUUUAAUUUAAUUUUAUAUUAGGGAAAAAUAAACCAGCGACCCAGGAAACGGGCGUGAGCCCUGACGACAGCUUCCUCUGGUGUGGUGUCACACUGACAACAACGGAACGGUAAAGUCACGUUAUCAUAUGUUCAACGUUUAUUAAAAGUUUCUGCUCGUUGACCUCGACUGAAGUUAUAGAUUCACAAAGUUCUCCAACAUUUUGACUUUAAUCUCAUAAUAUUACGACUUUGAUCUCGAAAUAUUUCUAUUUCAUUCUUGUAUUUUUACGACUUUAUUCUUGCUAUUUUAUAGUUGUUUCUUUUCUUGUAAUAUUGCGACUUUAAUCUCAAAAAUUUCUCACACAAAUAAAAAAAUCCAAUAUUGAACGUGGAUAUUUUCACAGAUUCAAACACACGGAGAAAAAAAUGUACCCCUCACUUGACCGUAAAACUUUUAAGAUGUUUUCCCAUCUCAGAACAGAACAGAAACAAACAACUGUAUUUCAAUUUUAUUCACAGAUUUGAACUUUUGAACUUGUGUAAAUAGUUUCCUUUGACCUUUGACCGGACAAUUCGAGCUUCACAUCGUCUCGUCUUCAUUACGUCAUCUGCCUCCGCCGUUCACAGAGGGAAAGGUUUCAUUCUUUUACUAAUCACGCUUAUUGUUUCCUUUAAUCUUUUUUUUCGUGGUUAUGAACCACCAGCUGUUGUUUUAUUACUGUGUCACAAUAGAUUUCGACGCUAAUGAAAAUAAGGAGCGCUCGACCGAAGCAGCUCUUUUUUUUGUGCCUGUGUGUGUGUGUGUGUGUGUGUGUGUGUGUGUGUGUGUGUGUGUGUGUGUGUGUGUGUGUGUGUGUGUGUGUGUGUGUGUGUGUGUGUGUGUGUGUGUGUGUGUGUGUGUGUGUGUGUGUGUGUGUGUGUGUGUGUGUGUGUGUGUGUGUGUGUGUGUAGUAUCUACACUUAAAUUAAAUUUCACAUUUUAUUGAAUCUGCAACUUUUAACUUUUAACACCUGUUGUGUUCAUACCUGAGUUGAAAAAAAAGAAAGGAAUAAACAGCUUGUCGUAAAAAAAAAA